ACUUGUUAUAUCUCCUGUCAUACUGACUCCAUUUUCAAUUUAUUGGCAAGAUGAAAAACGAAUCAGCAAUCAGUUUGAAAUAAAAAAACACUUUCUGGUUGGAUUUUGAAAGUUUGACUUUAAAAAGACUGCAGAUCUUUCUGAUUCUUGUGGUUAUUAUUUUUUUUAAACCAUCAAUCAGAAAGUGAAACUACCCUUUAGAUUCUUGGAGCUCAAAGAGAGAAAAUGGAUUUACUAUCUGUGGAAGAAUUUUCUUGUGCCGUGUGUCAUGACAUCUUUAAGGAUCCUGUUCUUUUAACAUGUUGUCACAGUUUCUGUAAAGAGUGUCUUCAACAGUUUUGGACAGCCACAAAAACUCAGGAGUGUCCCGUCUGCAGGAGAAGAUCUUCAAGAGAUGAUCCCCCAUGUAAUCUAGUACUAAAAAACCUGUGUGAGUCUUUGAAGAAGAGAAGGGAGAGGCAUUCGUCGGGAUCUGAGGAGAUCUGUGGUGUACACCGAGAGAAACUCAAGCUCUUCUGUCUGGAGGACGAACAGCCGGUGUGUUUAGUGUGUAGAGAUUCACAGAAACACGUCAGUCACACAUUCAGACCCAUCGGGGAAAUAAUUUCAUCAUAUAAGGAGAAUCUCAAAACAGCACUGAAAUCCUUGCAAGACAAAGUUAAAGACCAAAAAAAUGUUGCAAGAGAGUUUGAGAAAACAGUUCAAUACAUUAAGUCUCAAGCUGAUCACACAGAGCAUCAGAUCAAACAGCAGUUUGAGAAGCUUCAUCGGUUUCUCAGAGAUGAAGAAGAAGCUACAAUUAGUGCACUGAGGGAGGAAGAGGAGCAGAAGAAGAAGAUGAUGAAGGAGAAGCUGGAGGAGAUCAACAGACACAUCUCAGCUCUUUCAGACACAAUCAAAGACACGGAGGAGAUGAUGAAAGACAACGAUGUCUGCUUUCUGAAGAAGUUUCCGGUCUCAAUGGAAAGAGUCCAGAUCUCCUCACAGCUGGAUCCACAGACACCUUCUGGAGCUUUGAUUCAUGUGCCACGAUACUUGGGCAACCUGUCCUUCAGAGUCUGGAAGAAGAUGCAGGACAUCGUCCAGAACACUCCUGUAAUUCUGGACCCAAGCACGGCUCAUCCCGAUCUCAUCUUGUCUGAUGAUCUGAGCUGUCUGAGAUGGAGUGAGUACAGUCAACCGCUUCCUGAUAAUCCGGAGAGAUUUGACAUCUAUCGCUGUGUGCUGGGUUCAGAGGGUUUUAACUCAGGGACACACAGCUGGGACGUGGAGGUUAAAGAAAGUUUAUCUUGGGGUCUUGGAAUAACUACAGCAUCGAACCAGAGAAAGGGGCGUGAUUUCUUUAACUCUGAUUUCUGGAGUGUGGAGUAUAGACUGUAUAAAUGGGCUGGCUUUAAUGUUAAACAGGAUCUUGAUCGUGUGAGAGUGUGUCUGGACUAUGACGGAGGAACAGUGUCUUUCUCUGAUCCUGUAACUAACACACAUCUACACACAAUCACAACCACCUUCACAGACACCGUCUUACCAUUCUUUCAUAGUUAUUCUCAUAUGAGGAUCUUACCAUUCAGUGACUGAUAUCCAGCACCACAGACAUAUUGCUUUUAUGCAACAGUUCAGAUGUUAAAAAUCAAGUAAAUGAAACACCUAUGCCAAAAUAUUUUAUUUUUGUUGCAAACUGAGGCAAAGUACGAUUUAGUGAAAUUAGUAAAAACAAAUUACAAAAAAAAAAAGACUGAAUAUGAAUAUUAUUCAUUGUGGUGAAAAACAGUUUUGAAGCAUAUUUUAUGCUUUAGAAGUCAGUUGUUCUGUGAAUCUUCAAACACACAUCAAAUAUAACACAAUAAAUAAACAUGGAAAUAAA